UGCACGAUCAUGGUCCAAGACCGUCUCCCAUUAGUUGGAUAAGUCGCUGUUGGGGGUGCUGAAAAACCACUUCAUUGCUGUAAUUAGCAGGACAUCCACUAGUCAUUAGUGAGACUCAUUUGUAGACAAGGCUACUACCGGUUUUGACACGACUAGACUGAGAUGAAAGACGACCUAAUGGGGUCUCUAGGUAUCGCAGUCUGCUAAUGUGCACCUCCGUCGCAACGCGCAGAGCCACAUAGUUCAGCCUUUGUGACUGGGGAUGCAAGAGAGCCGCGCGUAAUACCACAUCUCCAAAUCAGUGCAGCCGCGGCAGGACAGGAGCGAGGGGAGACAGAGAAUUCCACAUGGCACAAUGAGCAGCUAUAGAAUCGUUGUAUCUACUUAAAUGGAAAAGGUUUGACUUACAUGUCACCGUACUUUAACUUUCUGACGAAGUCCCGAGUUAACUUUAACGCAUUGCUUACAUGUUCCACGUUGAAGUGUUUGUCGUGGGGAUACACAUUGUCUUUGUGGCAAAUUAAAAGUAGAAGCAAGGAUUUUUUUUUUCAUUUGGGAUAACUAACGGAGACUCACCGCCGCAAGUCAUGGAUGCUAUCCUGUUGUUGUUACUUGCGACGUGCCUCGGCGGAGCUUGGAGUUGUCAGCUACCCCACGACUGGAGACCUCAAACCGAAGCAUGCAGAGCGGAGCUCGCCGAGAUCAUUGUCUUCGCUAAGGUCCUUGCCAUCCACAAGGACUCGUACAGUCUUUACAACUAUCUACCAUGGCAGUACGACACGGAUCUUUUCUACUCUGCUGAAAUCGAGUUACUUUGUGAUCAGGCGUGGGGAAGCAUGCUGGAGGUGCCCGCUGGUUCCAGGUUCAAUGUCACUGGACUUGGUUACUUCCCCUGCUACUCGUACAGUGUCAUCGAGAACAAUUCAUAUUACUUUUUUCUGAGGAUGGAUGAGAACUACAGCAUCAUCCCCCACGGCGUCAACUUCCAGGACCCCAUCUUCUCGGACACGCCCGAGAACCACCGCAUGUUCGCCAGCCUCUUCCAGUUCUCCAACUGCACCGGCGGCACCCAGGUGCACAUGUACACGCCCCAGUGGGAGGCCCAGGAGGACAGCAGGCUCCUCUGCUCCACGGUUCAGAAGGCCCUCUUCGAGGAGGAGGAGAGGGUAAAGACGCUCUCUCAGAAGGUGAAGGUCCUGGAGAAGGCCAACAACCACCUGAGGGACAAGGUGAAGAACAUGAAGCGCCUCCUGCGGCAGGCCAAACGCGAGACCAAGGACCAGACGCUCCUGCUCAAGCAGCACCACGAGGAGUCUCCACACCCACAGCAGGAGACCAACCAGGACCAGAAGCCCUCCCUCAAGAUGAUCCCCAAGAAAUCGAAGAGCUAAGCUGCCCAGUGCCGCCACGCCCCUCUCAACACUGGGUUUGCCAGUCUGUACAUAAGCAACAUAGAGGUCUGCAAAUUAGUUGAAUUGUCAUAUAGGAUGAACACGCAGAUUAGCAGAAUUGAUAAGUAGCGAAAUGAAAGGUUAAAGUUCACUGAUGAAUAUAACGCCAUAAGAAUGCAUUAUACAAGUCCCCACAGGUUACUACGUACCUGACGAUCCUCACAAGAUAUUUUUAGGACAUUUUAUACAACAUGAUAGUUGCAGUACAUGUUUUAUGAGCACUAACCUUACAUUGCAUAUCUUACAUAAGCUAUACCAUGGAAAACGCAUUAUCCGUACAACCUCACCGGACAGCCACAAUGUUAAGGUCUUUUUGAAACACAGGAAAUGUAGAGUGAGAGUGACGACUCCGAUUACAUGUUUUUUGCCCAUGGUUCAAAAUGAGUCUUAAACUCCUGCUUCACCACGACACACUGGUAACCUAAUUCUUUGCUAUUAUAUAAAAAGCAUGCUGGGAACCUGGUCGAGAUCCAGGCCUGAUUGACUUGCCCCCACCCCCCCUGCAGGUAGGAACAGCCGCCGAGCCCCAGUCUGACCAGCAUCUUCCCUCCUGGGUUGACCAUAAUGAGCUUGAGAUGUUGCCCUGUGUUGACAGGCCAGUGCCUCCUCACAUUGCAUUAGUGCACCUCGAGCCCUGAUCUGGCAUACCUGCCCUGUUGACAUGGUUUCCCAGCAUGCAUCUAGUCCUUUUACCUGGCCAGGUGCCAUCCUGGGCACUGCAGAUGGCAUUCCCACAAACUGUGGGUUACAGGCUACCAAAUAAGGCCUUUGUAUCCCUGUUGCAUAAAAUGCACACACUACGCCAAGACAGCAGCAAUGUGAAGCUCAUGUCCAGUGAUUGAAUGGGAGUCUUUUUUAAUUUAGAGCAGGUGCUUUUUACCAAGACUUAUAUAGAUUCCAGUUCAAAAAGGGGAAACUGAUUUAGAUUUCAUUAGUUGUGUGCAGAGGGAAAUCUCCCUGGUUGGCCUGCAUUUAUAUUGUUUAUUUCAUUUACACACAUAUUACUCUGGAUUCUAUUUACUGAGAGUUACUUUUUCAUGAAAUACGCUCCCAACGUUGAUUAUCUAAUUAUCCAAAAUUGUGUGGGCUGGCUUUUUUAUCAUACUUUUUUUAUGGAGUGAAAAUAUCUUUUUUUUUUUAGAAUAGGGUGCUGAGCACUCAAUAAAAACAACCACUACUCAAUGAGGCGUGUUGUGCAAUUGAAACAUGUUCCAACAUUGAGAAAAAAAUGUGCCUCUCAAUAGAAUGUAUUGCAUUUGGCUUUUUAAAAUGUAAAGCAUAUUAUAAAUAUGUUUUCUUGUAUCCUCACAUAUAUUCUUAUGUAUGGUAAUACAAUUUGAAAUAAAUCAGUUUUUAACUAGU